AUGUCCGAGACAGAAGCCAGGGUUUCGCCCCCAAAUGCGCCGGCGGACAAGUUUGAAGACGAAGACAGUGGAACCGAGCUCGAGCCCCACCCGACAGAUCCCAAGCUCCCACCGCGCAAGCGGUCCAAGGUAUCGCGCGCAUGUGACUCAUGUCGUCGCAAGAAAAUUCGCUGCGAUGCGGAGUUCAGCCUGACCACCAACCAGCUCACCAAAACGUGUACGAGUUGCUCCAAGUCCGGCGAAAGCUGUACGUUUUGCCGCGUACCCUUGAAACGUGGCCCAUCCAAAGGCUAUAUUCGCGACUUGGAAGAGAAGGCUGAGAUGAACAAGCACCCGCGCGACCUCCAGAAACUUCUCCCGCACCAUCCUCCGCUUAGCCAGGUUGCUAUGGGCACCCAGCCACCAAUUAUCUUGCCGCCGAUUAAUUCGUUUGUGGGAAACUACCAGCAGGCAGCUCAUGGAAACAACGCAAGUGACCAUACAAACAUGAACGAGUGUAAUGCGAGCCACAUCAGGUCAAGCUCGUUCAACGGUCAGAGACCCGGCUCGUUCAGCAAUGCUCCGCCUUCGGCGUCGCAUUCGGCAUCGCAUUCGGCAUCGCAUUCGUCUCAAUCCUCUCCCCGCACCAGCGUCGCGGGAAUCAUGAGCAAAAUGUUUAAUCACGUCAAACCCGAAACGCCACGCCAAGCCGACACCGUCCCUGGCUUAUUCUGGAAGGUUCCCUACGAAAUGCCGCUCGACCGCCGCGGCUCAGUCGACUCCGUCUCCUCUGCGAUAAGCGACCGCUUCAGUCCGCGUCUGGGCUUUGACUUGGUGUCCGACUCGGAAGACGACUACUCGCGCCGCCCGUACUCGCAGAGCGCGUCGCCGCGCAACUCGUUUUCGCAGCAUCCGUCGCGUGGGCCAUCCAGCCCCGCGCUCUCCGCAAACCUGUCGCUCGCGUCGGUGAGCGCGCGCAUGCAGCACACGACCCUCGCGCCCGCGUUCACACACCCCGCAGCCCUCGCGCCCACACACCCUACCGACGCCAAUCUCAACCUCUACUACUCCCGUUUCCACAAGAACUUCCCCAUCUUGCCCCUCCAGAAACAAACCAUCACUCACAUUCUCUCCCAAAUCGCCCCGUCGGACGACUCCCUUUACGUCUUGGACCUCUUCAACUCGGCCCUUGCUCUACUCCUUGACUACGAAAACCGCUCGGCGGACGACCUAAAGUUCCUCUUGUCCAAAAUCUUCUCCCUCUACCCCCUUAAGGAGUCAACUUUCCAUAACGAGCUCCUCGUGAUUGUGUACCUCAUGGCGUGUGUGUUGGUAAACUAUGCGUUGGUGCUCAGCGGCGAGUUUCUCUCCAUGGGCCUUAGCGUGGCCUUCAGCAUCUUCCACGACUUCAAGAUCUACAACAACUUCCGAAACCUCUCUGCUGAGUUGCUUGCAGAGCUGGCCAAUCCUGACAGCUUCAAGACGAUCACCGCCCGCUUGUACUUUAGCUUGAUGGUGCUCGAUACGACCUUUGCGCUCCAGCACGGCUUGCCAAACUCCGGUAGUCAGAGCAGCGCCGUGUUGGUGGGCUUUGAAAACGUCCACCAUUUGAUUCCGAUUUAUACUGAUAGCAUGGGCACGUUAAACAACUACAAGGUUGGGUUGGUGCUCGCGGACGUGGCCGCGCGACGCGCGUGCAUGCGUGCGUUGCGUAACGGUACCCGUGUGGUGCCCGACGAUGCGCUCGACUGGGGCCGCUACAACAUCUCGCAAAUCACCGGCGUUCCCGGUCUCUUUGUCAGUCUCAUCCGCGAAAAAUUCGAGCUCUACGACUUCCUAGUCGAGCUUGAGCCCCAUUUGCGCAAGCCCGAGGAUGACGAUGAGGAGGAGUUCAUCCAGGACUACCAGUUGAAGUUGUGCCGAUUGUGCAAAAAGGUCGCCACUUCCAUCGUGAACUUGCUCAACUUUGUGAGUUCCUUGCUUCAGGGGAGCCAGUUGGACUUGCUUGUGUCACCGUUCCUUCCUAUGGUGUUUUCGCAGCCUGUACGCCUCAUCUCCGUCAUCAAGCUGGUCGUGGAGUCGUUGGCGUACAACGCCGAUCUUGCGGGGCGGUUGGGAAAGAUCCGGCACGACUUGAUUGUGACGAACAACCUCUUGGGUAUUCUUAAAAUCCCCUUGAGUGCGAAGAUUCUUCUGAAGAAUAAGUUGAACGGGAACAUCACGUCCGUGCCUGCGAGCGUCGCUGCGGGCAGCGCGUGCGCACUGAUUGCGCAGUGGAAGCGCCGUGUCGCGGCGGAAAUUCUUCCGCUUUUGGCCCAGGAGGAUGCCAAUGGCUGGUUGUGA